AUGACUGAUCGGACUUCUUUCUUCUUAACCUCUAUUCACCUGAUUGCCAUCGCCUGUCUUUCCUGCAUUGUCCCCGGCACAUUAGGCGACGGCGAAACAACAAUCCAAGAGAAAGGUCUCCGAUAUAUCCAAUACAACGGCUCUGUCAGCGGCACAUUCGCUCCCAAUGACACCGGCUGCACUACUUGGACCAUCGGACCUCAGUCAACAUUCGAUCUCCUCGUUGGCGUGGCAGGCCCAUGGGAUACGAAUCCUUUCUGGUUCGGGUUUGCUGGGCCAGAAAAUUUUUUUGUCGACAACGUCGAUGACGGUGUCGCCUCCAUCAGCUUCGAGAGCGCAGAUCUUCUCUGCUAUGAGGACAGUGGAAGGCUAUGCACAUCAUUUGAGUUCGACAUUGGUGGGGCCGACUGGUAUUUCGUCGGCAAGGAGCUGUUGAACUUGAAUCGGACGACGAUUCAGAAGAUUGCCAUCGAUGGUGUGGAUGGCUAUCAGGUCAUUGGCAAUGAAACGUCGUAUGCCGGCGAUGACACGGUGCAAAACUUGGUUAUUGUUGGUGGUAAUGCUUCUAACUGCACCACGGAAAGUGGUAAUGAGCAAUAUACUCUCGGUUGGACCGAGACUACACCGUUCACCUACCAGUUAGCCUUCACCAACAACACCGCGUCGCUCGACUUGACAUUGAGCACGAUCUGGGGCUUCCUGGUGCUGAAUUACACAGGAAAGCGUACCGACAGUGGUGCUCCUAGCAACGAAACCGUCGUCCUCAAUACGACUAAUCCUACAAAACCCGUAUUUACGUACGUGAACGGGAGCACAUUCGAGUGGUAUAACAUUACCGGCCAUGGGUAUGGUGUCACCGCAGGUUCUAUGGCAGCGUUAUCACCACGCUGGAGCAACGAGAAGUGGACAUGCUGCAGACUCGCUGGUCGCAUUGGUGGCAGUUUCUUGGAGAAAAGCAUAGUUCUGUUAGCCAUUAAGCAACAUGCAGAGAUCUGGUACCUAUUGCAUGUGCUAAAACAAUGA